AUGAUUCAGGUUAUCUCCCAGCCAUCUUUGACCUUCAAGGACGUGUCAAUAGAUUUCUCUCAGGAGGAAUGGGAAUGCCUGGACCCAGCUCAGCAGAAACUGUACUCAGAUGUGAUGCUGGAGAAUUACAGCAACCUGGUCUCCCUGGGUCUUGUUGUUUCUAAGCCUGUCCUGGUCACGUUUUUGGAGCAAAUGCAGGAUGGCUGGGAUGUUUCCAGAAAAAUUCCAAUAUCUGACCUCUCAGCUGUGUCAUCUGCAGACAACCAGUACUUUUUCGAAAGUCCAGGAAUAGAAGAUCUAUAUUUUGAAGGAACACUGAGUGUGUGUGAUGAGGAUAGAAGUAGUCAAUGCAGUGAACAUUGGAAGAAUUUUACCCAUGAGUCAAAUCAUAAUGUCCAGCCAAAGAGUCAGCUUGCAGACAGCCACUAUGAAAGUGGAAAAGUCUUUGACCAAAUUUUAAAUGACAAUUCUCAUCAGGUUUUACCUGUUGAAGAGAAGACAAACGAGCAAAGUAAAAAUAUCAAAUGCUUGAAGCAAUCAUCAAAUAGCAUCGAAGAAAUGAAUAUUGCUCUCAGAGAGAAAGUUUGCAAAUAUUUACCAUGCAGGAAAUUCUUCAAUCAAAUAUCAAGUUUCAAUACAGUUAACACCAGAUGUCCCAGCAAAGAACAUAAAUGUGAAGACUGUGGUAAGAAAGGUCAGUCGUUUUCAGGUGGACCUCUACAUAAAAUAAUGAAUCCUGGACUAAAGCCAGAAAUUUGUAAAGAAUGUGGGAAAGCAUUUUGGAUUACCUCAACCCUUACCCAUCAUCACAAAAUUCACACCAGACACAAGUUUAAUGAAUGUGGAAAAUAUGCUAAAGCUUUUGGCCACUCCUCAAAUGCUAAUGAUAAUCAUAAAAUUCAUACAGGAAAGACAUUUUUCAAUUGUAGUGAAUGUGGCAAUGCCUUUAGAGAGUCCUAUAAUCUUCCUGAGCAUCACAGAACUCAUACUGGUGAAAACUCUCCUAUAUGUAGAGAAUGUUGCAAAGCAUAUAUGAGGUCCUCAAACCUUACACAAUCUCAGAAAAUUCAUAUGGGAGUAAAGCCUUAUGAAUGCGGAAAAUGUGGCAAAGCUUUUAGGUGGCCCUCAAAUCUUACACAGCACUGGAGAAUUCAUGGGAAAAUGAAGCCUUAUAUAUGUACACAAUGUGGCAAAGAAUUUUUACAAUUUUCAACCCUUAGGUGCCAUCAGAGAGUUCAUACUGGAGAGAAGCCUUAUGAAUGUACUCAAUGUGGCAAAGCAUUUGCAAAAUCCUCCAACCUUGUGUGCCAUCAAAGAGUUCAUACUGGUGAGAAGCCUUAUGAAUGUACACAAUGUGGCAAAGCCUUUAACCAGAUCUCAAACCUCACUCAACAUCUGAAAAUUCACACUGGAGAAAGACCUUAUGAAUGUACUCAAUGUGGCAAAGCCUUUAGACAACAGUCAACACUUACCCAACAUCAGAAAAUUCACACUGGAGAGAAGCCUUAUGAAUGUACUCAAUGUGGCAAAGCCUUUAGGGGCUUAUCAACAUUUACUCGGCAUCAGAAAAUUCACACUGGAGAGAAGCCUUAUGAAUGUACAAAAUGUGGCAAACCCUUUAACCAGAUCUCAUACCUCACUCAACAUCUGAAAAUUCACACUGGAGAGAAGCCUUAUGAAUGUACUCAAUGUGACAAAGCCUUUAGACAACAGUCAACACUCACUCGACAUCAGAAAGUUCACACUGGAGAAAAGCCUUAUGAAUGUACUCAAUGUGGCAAAGCCUUUAACCAGAGAUCAAACCUCACUCGACAUUUGAAAAUUCACACUGGAGAGAAGGCUUAGGAAUAUACUCAAUGUGGCAAGACCUUUAGGGUCCUGUCAACACUUAUUUGCCAUCAGAUUGUGAGUACUGGAGAGAAAGUGUACAAAAGUAGUGUAUAUAACAAGUGUUUUUUUCAUCAGAGGUGCCUUACCCAAUAG